AUGGCCACCACCGCCGCCGCCACUUUCGUGCUCCUCCAUCCUCCCAUCCGGAAACCUGCAAUCCCACCGCUGUACAUUCUCCCACUUCCCACCCAACCCCACUCCAAAACGCACCCUCGUCCUCUCCCCCUCCCGCGCCGCCGCAGGGGCGGCCCCAUCGCCGCCUUCCCCAACGCCACAUCUUCGUCCACGAAUGCCUCUGCCUCGCCCACCUACGACGUCCGGGAGGCAGAGGCCGCCGUCGCGGAGCUCCUCCGCGAGGGCGGCGCCUCCCCGGCCGAUGCCGACGCCAUCGCCGCGCGCGCGCCGGCCUACGCCGCUAUGCUUGCCGAUGGCGUCCGCGAGCUGGACGAGCUCGGCCUCUGGGCUUCGUGGAGCUCCGGUGCCGGGGCCCGGCUGAGCCUCGGCGGGGCCGUCGAGAUGGAGAUGGGGAGGCUCGGUUUCAGGAGGAAGGUGUACCUCAUGGGACGGAGCAAGCGUGACCACGGUGUGGUGCCGCUCCUCGAGAGUUUGGGGGUGCGUCUCUCCUCCGCCAAGCUCAUCGCGCCUUACGUCGCGGCUGCGGGCCUCACUGUGCUGAUUGAUAGGGUUAAGUUUUUGAAGGAAAUGUUAUUUUCAAGCAGUGAUUAUGCAGUACUAAUUGGAAGGAAUGCUAAGCGCAUGAUGACACACUUAUCAAUACCUGCAGAUGAUGCACUCCAAAGUACUUUAUCUUUUUUUGAAAAAAUGGAGGCUAGGUAUGGUGGUGUUAGCGUGUUGGGGCAUGGAGAUGUGUCAUUUCCUUAUCUCAUUGAAUCAUUUCCAAUGCUUCUUCUCUGCUCAGAAGAUAAUCAUCUCAAGCCAUUAGUUGAUUUUCUCAAGCACAUUGGAAUUCCAAAGCCAAAGAUUGCAUCAGUUCUGCUGCUAUUUCCUCCUAUCAUUCUUUCUGAUGUUGAAAAUGAUAUUAAGCCUAGGAUUCGUGAAUGGGAGAAGGCUGGCAUUGAACAAGACUAUAUUGGUAGGAUGUUGUUGAAGUAUCCAUGGAUUCUUUCAACGAGUGUGAUAGAGAACUACAGUCAAAUGCUGUUAUUUUUCAACCGAAAAAAGAUUUCUAGUACAAUCCUUGGUAUUGCUGUGAAAAGUUGGCCUCAUAAUCUUGGCUGCUCUUCAAAAAGAAUGAAUUCAGCUUUGGAGCUGUUUCAUGAUCUGGGCAUUUGUAAAAAAAUGGUGGUUCCAGUCAUUACAUCAAGUCCACAGUUAUUACUGAGAAAACCUGAUCAGUUUAUGCAGAAUGUUUUGUUUUUCAGAGAAAUGGGUGUUGAUAAGAAAACAACAGGAAAGAUUUUGUGUCGUUCGCCUGAAAUAUUUGCUUCAAAUUUGGAUAACACCCUCAAGAAGAAAAUCGACUUUCUUACCAACUUUGGUGUUUCUAAACAUCAUCUUCCUCGCAUCAUUAGGAAGUAUCCAGAACUUUUAUUGUUGGACAUAAAUCAUACAUUGCUCCCCAGGAUGAACUACCUAUUGGAGGUGGGUUUGUCUAAGAAAGAUCUGUGCUCAAUGAUCUUUAGAUUUUCCCCACUUCUAGGUUACAGUAUUGAGCUUGUUAUGAAACCAAAGCUUGAGUUUCUGCUAAGAACCAUGAAGAAGCCACUUAAAGCAGUUGUAGAAUACCCAAGGUACUUCAGUUAUUCACUCAAGGGGAAGAUCAAACCCCGGUUUUGCGUACUGCAGAGUAGAAACAUAGACUGCACUCUGACGGAGAUGUUUGCAAAGAACGAUGAACUCUUUGCUGAAGAGUACUUGGGACUUGGAGGAUUGCUCGAGAAACCUCUACAAUCAAGCAUAGGUGUGUGCUAUGCCAAAGCUGUACAGCUUUAUGCUUGGAUUGGUGAGGCUGUUUUCAGAUGGGAGGCACUUUUCCAAUGCUUAGUAUUAAGAAGGUUUAAGAAGAAAUUACAAAGAGUUGGUUUCCAACUAGGAACAGAGAGAAGGAUGCCCCACACCUUUGUGUGA